UGGCUGAAGUCAGACGCUUAACCGACUGCGCCACCCAGGCGCCCCACUACCUUUGGACUUUUAAAAAUAUCUUCUGUCAGUACACCUGGCAGUCCCAAGGAUCUGCCUCUUGCUUCAACAGUAUUUGGAUGGAACAGAUCCAGGGACACCUCUUCUACCAGCCUCUGACCACCCUCCAACAUGUUUUCUAGUCCCAACUUUCAGAGCCAUCUUCUCAGCCACCCUCUGCCUCUGAGAUCAGCUAACACCCUAUUUUGAGCUUAGCUCCUUAUUACAGAUCAACAAUGAGCUGCCAGAUUAAUCAGAAUUAUUCCACUAAGUUGGAGACUGCCACCAAUUGCCUGGUCAACAUGCAUCUGCGGGCCUCCUACACCUUCCUCUCUCUGGGCUUCUAUUUCAACCGUGAGGAUGUGGCUCUGGAGGGUGUGAGCCACUUCUACAAGUUGGCUGAGGAGAAGCGCAAGGGUGCUGAGCAUCUCUUGAAGAUGCAAAACCAGUGUGGUGGCCACACUCUCUCCCAGGAUAUGCAGAAGCCAUCCCAAGAUGAGUGGGGUAAAACUCAGGAUGCCCUGGAAGCUGCCCUAUUUCUGGAGAAGAACCUGAACCAGGCCCUUUUGAAUCUGCAUGCCUUGGGUUCUGCCCAUGCAGACAUGCAUCUCUGUGACUUCCUGGAGAACCACUUCCUAGAUGAGGAGGUGCAGCUCAUCGAGAAGAUGCUCAACCUUCUGACUAACCUCCGCAGGCUGGCUGGCUCCCAGGCUGGGCUGGGUGAGUAUCUCUUCGAAAGGCUCACCCUCAACCACAACGAGGAGUCUCUGGAGCCCAGCAGCCUUUGAGGGGCCCCUUUGGCAUCCCUCUGGCUCCAGGCUUAUGCCUGAGCCUCUCCCUACAACACCGGGCAGCUUUUUAACCAUCCUGGAGCCCUCUCCUAAGCUGUGGCUGUGGACCAAAUGGAAACAACAAAGCUUUUUGCAGCAGCUGGUGAAAAAAAAUUUAAAAAAUAUCCUCCAUGUCUCUACUUGACUUUUUGAACAUACACUGCCGGAGUCCAGCUCCAGCAGGUCCAGGGGUUCCCGAAGGAAGAACAGCAUCGGCAAAAGAGUGAAUAUAAAACAAAACUAAAAUAAAAAACAAAAAUAAAAAUGGACACAGACAACAGCAGUGUGUUGAACUGGCCGCUUCAUUGUGGUAAACGUGCCAUUAUAUUUGUUAGCACUUUCCUUGUAGCAUAUGUCAUCUAUGUUUUCUAGCAUUACCUAAUUUUAAAAAUGUUCCUAAGUGUAAUCACCCUUUAAGGAAUAACAUGGUUAUUUUCUCAUAAUGUUCCCUCCUGCCCUUUGCUUAUUGAUUAAUUUCUUACAUUAUUUUCAUUAUGUAUCUACACUUACCUAUAAUCUAUAGAGUGUUUGCUUUGCUGUUUUCAUGAAAAGGUCAUCUAUCUCUCAGCACCUCAAAUGGAACAGUUACAGGGACAUGACCUCUUAGUUGUUUCCCCGAACCAUUUGUGGUUUGAGGAACAAAAGUGUUCGCCUUGAUCCGAGGUGCCAGGAGGGGGCCAAGAGGGCCUUAGGAACCCACGCCUUGUACAUUCUCAGAGAGACGA